AUGACAAUCCACAGUCUGUACAUCUACGACAGGCACUGCGCAUGCGUGUACUACCAGGAUUGGCACAGGACGAGGCGACCCAAACCUGCAGCUGACGGUGGCCUGAUGCCCGGCGUCUGUGCCGCGAUGUCCGCCUCCGCAUCUGCAGCAGAAGCUGCAUCAAGCAACGCUCUCGCAGCCGCCUUUGGUAGCCCUCGUAACUCACUCUUGUCGACCUCUGGCGUUGUCGUUGCGGUCAACGAGGCGAGGUCACCGCUCCUUCCACCGACGGCCUCUCCUGCCGUUGCCCAGCAACCUCCUGGCGUCACCAGCACGGGCUUGCCUUUCGACGAGGAGGCUAAACUCGUCUAUGGUGUCAUUAUUUCCCUGCGGAAUAUGGUCAAGAAGCUAUCUGGCAAGGACGAGCAAUUCACUGCCUACAGGACGUCUGCGUACAGGCUGCAUCUGUUCGAGACCGCCUCUGGCUACAAGUUCGUCAUGCUCUCAGACCCCGCGACGGAUUCUUUGCGCUUCGUUAUGCGGCAGAUAUACGUGGGGCCCUUCCUCGACUACGUCGUUCGCAAUCCGCUCGUUGCGAUGGACUCGAAGGAACAUGGUAUUGAUAAUGAAUACUUCAGGAUGGCGGUGGAUCGUAUGAUUCGCGGGCUUAGUGUCUUUCAGUAA